GCGCAAACCCAAAGUGCGCAGGCAGAUGAGGUGGGGCGCGCUUCGCUGAUAAUUCAACGACAAAAGUGCGCCCAUUCUGCAAAUAUCACCUACAAACGGCGGUGGGGAUGGAGUGAAUGAGGUUCAAACUGUAAUGCUACCUGACUCUGGAAGUGGGCGGAAAAAAAAAUGAAGCUCCAGUAUGAUGUGUGUGUAAAUCCAACUCUGCUGUCACUUCAUAAGCAUGCACACACACCAGUACUCCCUCAUGGACACCUAGUGCUUGCAUGAAAUUUCAGUUCCUGCAUCAAGGACAGGAUGGCUAACUGUGAGCUGAUUGAGCUGAAGGACCUCAGUGUGAAUGACCCCAUCGAGCUGGCCAUUCCAUCUGCGCACAUCGCAUCUGCAAGCCCGGGCUUCGGCCGCAUUGUCCGUCUGGUUGGAAACAGCAUCAGCAUCGAGGGUCCGGUCCAUCAUGCAGGAGAGGGUGCCGUAGGCCAUGCCUUCCAGCCCUACAGCUACGCACAUCUUACCUGGUGUGACUUGUGUGGAGAUUUCAUCUGGGGUCUCUAUAAGCAGAGCUUGCGAUGUGCCAACUGCAGCUACACUUGUCACUACCGCUGCCGACCGUUUAUCCAGCUGGCCUGCAGCACACACGGAAGUGUGUUAACGGAGAGUGCAAACGACAAUGAGGACUCCAUUGAGACAGACACAAAUGUGGAUGAGGAGACUGAACUGGGUAAACAAGAGUUAAGUGUUGGUGAGAUUCACCAGAAGGUGAAGGAGUACAAUACUCAGAUUAACAACAGUCUCUACAUGGUGGAUAAUAAAGAUGGGACGUACACUGGUUUCAUAAAGGUUCACUUUCAGUUACUCCGCCCCAUCUCUCUGCCACCUUCACGAAGCCAGAGCUGGACAAAGGAGAACGAUCAGCAGGACAGACUGGAAAAGAGGCGGACCUCUUUCUACCUCCCCAAAGAUGCGGCAAAGCACCUUCAUGUCAGUUCAGAAACUAGAGUGCGAGAAGUCAUUGAGGCGUUGCUCAACAAGUUCACUGUGGUGGACAAUCCAGCGAAGUUUGCCUUGUUUGAACGUGCUGAAAAGCAAAGUCAAGUGUUGAUGCGUAAGCUGUCUGAUGAUGAGCGCCCUCUGUAUCUGCGCUUGUGUGCUGGCCCCAGUGAAUCAGUUUUGACUCUGGUUUUGAAGGAGAAUGAAACUGGGGAUGUAAAUUGGGAUGCCUUCAGCUUUCCUGAGCUGAACAACUUUCUGCGAAUUUUGCAGCGCGAGGAAGAAGAGCAUGUGCGGCAGAUCAUGAAGCGCUAUGCUCAUGCUAGAGACAUGAUAAGGCACGCGAUGGCCCGGGUAACUACCCCUGGUUGACAAAGAGAGAUUCUAAAGAACCUCAAAGUUCAACAUUAAUAAGAACUUUCUCAUGCCAUGGAAAUGGGAAUCUUUACGGGUUAUGUGAAAAGGGAGGACGGAGCUCAGUGAUAGUGUUUCAGAAUAUAGUCUGUUAAUGAUGCAGGAAUACAUGUGUUUAAAUGUAAUGAGAGCUACUGAAAGCAUCAAGCCAUGCUGUAUUUCCAUAUAUACAGGCACUUUAAUAAAGCUGUGAUUUGGGUAUGUGUAUUAAUGUGCAAAUUAUCUAAUAAACUGAUCAUGAUAACUUA